AUGCUCUGCAAAACUGAAGACAGGUUUGUCCAACUGGCUUUAGUCAAAAAAUCCUUUUCAGAGGAGCCCCGGCUGGUUGAUGGUGCACACUAUGAGUACCUGGCUGGUGGUGCACACUGUGAAUACCUGGCUAAUGGUUCAUACUGUGAGCACCUGGCUGAUGGCGCACAUUGUAACUACCUGGCUGAUGGUACACACUAUGAAUACCUGGCUAAUGGUGCACACUGUGAAUACCUGGCUGAUGAUGCACACUAUGAAUACCUGGGUGAUGGUGCACACUAUGACUACCUGGCAAAUGGCGCACACUGUGAAUAUCUGGCUGAUGGUGCACACUGUGAAUACCUGGCUGAUGGUUCACAUUCUGAUGGUACACACUAUGAAUACCUGGCUGAUGGUGCACAUUGUGAAUACCUGGCUGACGAUGCACACUAUGAAUACCUGGCUGAUGGUGCACACUAUGACUACCUGGCUGACGAUGCACACUAUGAAUACCUGGCUGAUGGUGCACACUGUGAAUACCUGGCUGAUGGUGCACACUGUGAAUACCUGGCUGACGGUGCACACUACGACUACCUGGCUGAUGGUGCACACUGUGAAUACCUGGCUGAUGGUGCACACUGUGAAUACCUGGCUGAUGGUGCACAUUGUGAAUACCUGGCUGACGGUGCACACUAUGAAUACCUGGCUGAUGGUGCACACUAUGAAUACCUGGCUGAUGGUGCACACUAUGACUACCUGGCUGAUGGUGCACAUUGUGAAUACCUGGCUGACGGUGCACACUAUGAAUACCUGGCUGAUGGUGCACACUGUGAAUACCUGGCUGAUGGUGCACACUAUGAAUACCUGGCUGAUGGUGCACACUAUGACUACCUGGCUAAUGGUGCACACUGUGAAUACCUAGCUGCAUGCAUCAGAUGA